AUGUCUUCAAAGCUCGUCGUCGUCACCGGCUCAAACCGAGGCAUUGGCCAAGGCAUCAUCCAUCUCCUCGCCAAAACCCAACACGACCCUCCACUAACAAUCUACGCAACUUCCCGCUCCGGAACCGAUCUCCACAUAAAAGCUUCUCACAGCAACCAAGUGCGUUACAGCAAGCUCGAUGUCAGCGACAAGGACUCCAUUACAUCCUUCAUCGCCUCGACCGGCCAAGCCAUCGACGUCCUCAUCAACAACGCAGGCAUAAACAACAACAACUCAGAAACACCCGAGCUCGCUGCCCAAACCAUUGACGUCAACUACCGCGGCACGAAAUCCAUGUGUGAGAUCUUUCUCGAACAGGGCGGCAUGGCGCGCAACAAGGGCUCGCGAAUCGUCAACGUAUCCAGCACAGCAUGCCAAUUGAGCAACUGGUCGCCUGCGCUUCAGACACAAUUCCGCAGCGUGAAGUCUCUCUCCGACGUCGAUGCAUUGGCAGAUUCAUACCUCGCUUCCCUGCCCUCCAAGCAAUCCUCUGCGGGCUGGGGCUCGGGGCCAAGAUCCUACCAAGUGUCCAAAUCACUCGUCAAUGCGCUGACUGUUGUGCUCGCGGCGCAGAAUCCAGGCGUGUUGGUCAAUUGCUGCUGUCCUGGCUGGGUGGAUACGGAUAUGGGCCAUCAAGUCGGCACGCCGCCGAAGACGCUGGAAGAAGGCGCGAGGAUCCCUGUGCGGUUAGCGAUUGGGGAAUUAGGCAGUGGAGGAGAUCGAGACGGCGGAUUAAGCAAAGGGACAGAAGACGUAAGCGGGAAGUAUUUCGGUAAUGAUGGGGUGACUGAUAGGGGAUGGGGAAGGAGUCGGGAGUGGUAA